AGAGCUCAACAGACUAUGUAUUGCCCUUGAAUAAUUGAGUAGAUGCACUGACGUUAUGACAUCGUCAUCCUAUUGUUUCCCCGCUCUACAUGGUCUAUCCACAUAGCUCUAGACGUCAUUCUCUUACUGUCAUUCGAUACGCUAUUGUUGAUGCUCGUUGACAUGGUACUUUAUCCUAUUGAUCAUAUCCCGCUUUCAUUUAUAUUAGUUGUAAUUCCCGCCCUUCACUACGAGCCUGUCUCGUCAAUUGCCAAGACAAUACCUUAGCCAUGAGCAAGAGUGAAGUCGUUAUUCCCAAAUUCUCUGAGCUGCCGUUGCGGGAGGGAGAUCCUCCUUAUUCGGCAUGGGGCUUGUACGGCAAAGAUGACCAGCUUGGGACGCUGAACAGACUGGCCGACCGUAUCGUGCGAGAUGCCGCGCGUAAAGAGAUACAGACUGGUAAAAGGAUCUCCUUGAACUGGCCUCUCAACGCUCAGCGCGAUCACCUCCUUUUUGGCCGGCAAGCCUUCCAUCAACGCAUCUUCCAGCUCUCUUCUUACAUUGUCAACGACGACACGUGGAGCUUCAAUUCUCAAGGCAGCAGUCAAUGGGACGGCCUUCGCCAUUUCGGAUACCAAAAGGAACAGAAAUUCUACAACGGUGUAACUCUAGAGGACAUUCAUAAUGAAAAGGACACCGGUGUCAAUGGAGUUCACGCCUGGUCCGAGCAAGGCAUCGUUGGUCGUGGAAUCCUCCUCGAUUUCCACCGCUGGCGGACCCUCAACGGAAUCGACUUUGACCCGUUCGAAUCGCAAUCCAUACCACUGGAAUAUCUAAAAGCUACGGCCAAAGCACAAGGAACCGAGAUCAAUUUUGGCGACAUUUUGAUCGUUCGCACAGGCUACAUAGAGAAAACUAGAAGCGCGAGCAGAGAACAACUCCAAGCACGGGCUGAAAUUGAACUACCGCCUUCUGGGGGAGUAGAGCAGAGCGAAGAAAUGCUCGAGUGGAUAUGGAGCAAUUUUUCAGCCGUGGCGGGAGACCAUCCGGCCUUUGAAUGCUGGCCGUCCCAGAAGCCGUGGAUGCUGCACGAAGUACUGCUUGCUGGAUGGGGGUGUCCCAUUGGUGAGCUGUUCGAUCUUGAUAAACUCGCUGAACACUGUGAGAAGACGGGCCGCUGGUCAUUCUUCGUGACGAGCGAAGUGUGCAAUGUCCCAGGCGGCGUUGCGAGUCCGCCAAAUAUUCUUGCUAUAUUUUGAGCAUCAAGUCUAGAUUGAUGCUACCGCUUUUUUACGAAUCACAAAGGCGCAGUUUCUACAGUCUGCUUGUAGAAUCUUUUAGACUAUAUAGAGAUAUGGUAGACGUAUAACAGGC